AUGAUUUCCGCCCGAUAUUCAUGCGGCUUCAGAAAACACGUGAUUGGCUCAUUACAACACCUCACCCACAACAGCAUAUACCACAAUUCUCUAUCGAUUCCAGCCCGACAUCUUAGCAUGAGCCACCAGAAGAAAGUCAGUCUCAACCCGCAUGACCUUUGGGGGGUGUUAAAAGGAACCAAUAUGAGUCAAAACGGUACAGCAAAUGGCCAGAGUGGCCCUGAGUCAUCCACCCCUGAGGCCAACACAUCAAAAAGACCAGUAAGCGAAUCUUCGAAAAAGAAGAUCCCAAACAGACCAAAAGAAAUGUCUACCAAAGCGGUUCCAGCGGCCAACCAACCGCCGAAGUCACUGCCAGACUUCAUCGUGCAAAGAAAUGAGCUUUUCGACCAACUAAAGAAGGAAUACGACGAGCAGUUGGCCAGCAGAGAAAAGACGCCUAUUCAGAUCAAACUUAUCCCAGGUCCUGGUCUGGAUAUCACCGUUGAAGGCAAAUCAUGGGAAACCACUCCGGGCCAACUGCUAAGAAACGUCCCCAAAGAACGCGCUGGUCAAAUCGUGGUUGCCAAAGUCGAUGGGCAAGUCUGGGACCUUGACCGCCCACUCACUCAAGAUAGCAAGGUCUCCUAUCUCACCUUUGACGACUCAGAAGGUCGAGACGUCUUCUGGCAUUCUUCAGCACACGUCCUCGGUGAGUGUGCUGAGCACGAGUACGGCUGCCGCCUGUCCCAUGGUCCUCCCACCGCAAUGGGCUUCUUCUACGACAUGGCUCUUGAGCCAGGCCAAGCCGUACGCGAAGCAGACUGGCCGUCGAUCGAGAACCGCGCCAAGAAAUACUUCAAGGACAAGCAACCUUUCGAGCGCCUCGAAGUGUCCAAAGACAACCUCCGCAAGUUGUUCGGCUACAGCAAGUACAAAAUGCACUACAUCGAGAAAUUCGUACCGGACGGCGAGUCCUCCACGGUCUACCGCAACGGCAGCCUCGUCGACUUGUGUCAGGGUCCGCACAUCCAAAACACCCGCAAGAUCGAAUCGUUCAAGAUCAUGAAGAACAGCUCUGCCUACUUCCUAGGCGACCAGAACAACGACUCCCUCCAGCGUAUCCACGGCGUUGCUUUCCCCACGAAACAACAGCUCAAAGACUGGGAGCACUUCCUCGAGGAGGCCAAGAAGCGCGAUCACCAAGUCAUCGGUCAGCAGCAAAGACUCUUCAUGUUCAGCAAAUUGUCCCCCGGCUCACCCUUCCUUUUGCCCCACGGCACCCGCAUCUUCAACGCCCUCCAACAAAUGCUGCGCGAGCAGUACUGGGACCGCGGAUACCAAGAAGUCCAAACCCCCAACAUGUACGAUGUCGACCUCUGGAAGACCUCAGGCCACUGGCAGCACUACCAAGACGACAUGUUCCGCGUACAAGUCAAGGACGAUUCAGCAGACCCCAUGCCGCUAAGCGACCAAAAGGCCGAUGGCAAGCCUAUCGCCGAGAUCAAGGACAAGGACAAGGGCGUUUUUGCGCUCAAACCCAUGAACUGCCCUGGACACUGCAUUAUGUUCCGCGACGAAGAGCGCUCAUACCGUGAGUUGCCAUGGCGAGUUGCUGAUUUCGGUGUGCUACACCGCAACGAAGCAUCCGGCGCACUGUCCGGCCUCACUCGUGUGCGCAAAUUUCAACAAGACGACACCCACAUCUUCUGCACGAACGAGCAAGUCCAAGCCGAAAUCGAGGGCUUGUUCGACUUCAUGGAACACGUGUACGGUCUGUUUGGGUUUCCCUUCAAAUUCAAACUCUCCACCCGCCCCGAAGGAUACAUGGGCACGCUGGAGGAGUGGGACUCGGCCGAGGACCGCCUCAAGCAAGCGCUCACAAACUUCAGAGGUGAUAACUGGGAGAUGAACGAGGGCGACGGCGCCUUCUAUGGCCCCAAGAUCGACAUCACCAUUUCCGACGCCCUAAUGCGCGAGUACCAAUGCGCCACUAUCCAACUGGACUUCCAGGGCCCGCAGAACUUUAAGCUCGAGUAUCGUACCGGCGAGAGCGGUGAGGCCGUGGCCCAGCAUACCACCGGACGUGAUGCGAAGGGUUUGGCGCCAGGUAUGGCUCGCCCCGUGAUGAUCCAUCGCGCGAUCAUUGGGUCUUUUGAGCGCUUCAUCGCGAUUUUGUGCGAGCAUUUCGCUGGGAAAUGGCCGUUCUGGCUGUCUCCGCGCCAAGUCUUGGUCAUUCCCGUCAUGAAGAGCGCCGAGGACUACGUGCGUGAGAUCCAGGGUAUUUUCCACAAGGCGAGGAUGUAUGUCGACAUCGAUGUCAGUGGAAACACUCUGCAGAAGAAGAUUCGGUCGGGACAGUUGGCGCAGUAUAACUUCAUUUUUGUGGUCGGCGCCAAGGAACAAGAAACUCGCACCGUCAACAUCCGCAACCGUGAUGACCCGGCGACACAGAAGAUGGGCGAGCUGAUCCCCCUGCAAAAGGCAUUGGAGCGACUUGGGGAACUUCGCGAUCAAAGAAGACUCGAGAACAAGAUUGACAUGUCCGAAUAA